AUGAGUGUCGAGAGUCGCCGGCCGAGCCGCCUGGGCAUCCGCUCGCUGGCAAGUAAAUCGACCCAUUUCGCUAGCAGGCUCAAGAGGUCAUGCCGUGCCCAGUCUGCUGCCAACGGGAUACCGAGCAUCCCCGUCAUCGCAAUGUCGAAGCUGCUCCUGCUCAGCGACAGUGACCUGUCAGAAAACCUCCCCGUCCUUCCCACGGCCGGCGGACCUUGCAGCACCUCGUCAAAACAUCUCUGGAGCGGCACCCACCUUCAUCUCGACAGCAGCGGCCGGACGAAUGCCGAGAUGGACAACCAGCUCGAGACGGCUUUUCUCGGUAGGCUCCCGGACGAGAUCCGCGAAAUGAUAUACCAGGAGCUCUGGCGCGCGGCCGGCCUCGGCCAGCACAUCAUCCGCACGCAGGCUGGGUACGCCCACUCCCGGUGCCUGUUCCACCGGGUCGGGAGCAGGGCGGGCGGGGGCGUCGAUGGCGAGGACCCGUGGGAGUCCAACUGGAUGGCGCCCGACGCGCGCGGACCGGUCCCGCUAUGGUUCCAGCGGGAGAUGUCGACGUGGUGCGACCACUGGAAGUGCGAAGAGGCGCGGGAGGAGAGGGAGAUAUGGCGGGACAUCACCUCGCGGAGCCGGACGUGCCACUGCGCUCGCGCCGACACGUGGACGGCGUUUCUGCCAAUGAUGCUGACCUGCAAGCGAAUGUACUUCGAGUGCGCCUCGUCGAUCUACAACUCGGUGGCCUUCACAAUCACUGACAUCAACCUCGCACGGAACGUCUUUUGCGUCCGGCACCGGGGACCAAUCGGCGGCGGCGGCGGUCACCCGCUCCGGCGCAUCAACCUCUCCUUCCGGCGGCAAGCCGACGAGGGGAGCAACUUCGAGCAGUGGGUCGAGUCGUGGAGCGCGGUGCUGCGGCACCUCGACACGCCCGGGCUGGUAGCCGUGAACCUCUGGCUCGACAGCGACGUCUACUACGAGCGGCACUGGCUCUCGGUGACGGGCAACACGGGCAUCGGGACCGGGCUGUGGGGGAUGCAUGGCGGAGAGGCGACGGCGGAGGAGUGGCGAGGUGUUUCGAUGCGAGACGGUUACAGUCUUGAGGGUUCGCUGGGGGCGUAA